UUCAAAUGUUUCCCCUUUAACAUCCAUCAAUUAAGUUUGAAAUUAGCAAGUAAGGGAUGGAGAUUAUUAACAGGCGAUGUCUUCUUUGGCUCUUUAUGGGGAGUCUUCUUCUCCUGAAUUGCUCUGCUAAAGCUGACAAAGAUUUCCCUUCGCCCCUUAAAAAUGUCAAUUUAGCACCUUACCAGAAGUGGAUAAAUGCCUAUAAGUGCAUGCAAAAUCUUUCAGAUGUGUGCCAAAGCAAGAACGUAUUGAAUAUGUCUGGGAUUGUUGAUGUAUCCCAAAAUGAGUUACCGAAUUACUGUGAGGCAGGUGGUUGCGGAGACCACAUCAAAGAUAUUCUCGACUGUAUUCAUUUGGUCAAGAAUGACUUUGUAUUUUAUAAUGGGGCCAUUCUAGAUAUCAUACGUGGCAACAUUACUGAUGGUUGCGACAAUUUUCACGCUUUCAGUACAGCUAAAUAUCACAAGAGCGGAAGCACAAGAAGAAACAUACCACUUCUACUCACACUUGUGUUAAUUAUAGUCUUCAUUAUUUAAAUUCACUCAGGGCACUAUUCGAAUAAUCUCAUCAUAUCGCAUAUUAUGUACUUUAUGCAUUACACAAAUAAGUAAAGUUUUAUUCUAAGCUUUUUUAUUUCA